AUGAGGUCAGAAGCCUUGCUGCUAUAUUUCACACUGCUACACUUUGCUGGGGCUGGUUUCCCAGAAGAUUCUGAGCCGAUCAGUAUUUCGCAUGGCAACUAUACAAGACAGUAUCCGGUCUUUGUGGGUCACAAACCAGGGCGGAACACCACGCAGAGGCACCGGCUGGACAUCCAGCUGGUCAUGGUGAUGAACAGGACCCUCUAUGUUGCUGCUAGGGACCAUAUUUAUACUGUUGAUAUGGACACAUCACAUACAGAAGAAAUCUAUUUUAGCAAAAAACUGACAUGGAAAUCUAGACAAGCUGAUGUAGACACAUGCAGAAUGAAAGGAAAACAUAAGGAUGAAUGUCAUAAUUUUAUUAAGGUUCUCCUAAAAAGAAAUGAGGAUACAUUGUUUAUCUGUGGAACAAAUGCAUUCAACCCUUCUUGCAGGAACUACAAGAUGGAUACUCUGGAGUUCCUGGGAGAUGAAUUCAGUGGAAUGGCCAGGUGCCCCUAUGAUGCAAAGCAUGCCAACGUUGCAUUGUUCGCAGAGGGAAAACUGUAUUCUGCCACAGUGACCGACUUCCUUGCAAUAGAUGCAGUCAUAUACCGGAGCCUUGGAGACAGCCCAACUCUGCGGACAGUUAAACAUGACUCAAAGUGGUUGAAAGAACCAUACUUUGUCCAGGCAGUGGACUAUGGCAAUUACAUUUACUUCUUCUUCCGGGAAAUAGCAGUGGAGUACAACAGCAUGGGAAAGGUAGUUUUCCCAAGAGUGGCUCAGGUUUGCAAAAAUGACAUGGGAGGAUCUCAGAGAGUGCUGGAAAAACAGUGGACUUCCUUUCUCAAGGCUCGUUUGAACUGCUCAGUUCCUGGUGAUUCACACUUCUACUUUAACAUACUGCAGGCAGUUACAGAUGUUAUCCAUUUCAAUGGCCGGGAUGUUGUUUUAGCAACCUUCUCCACUCCGUAUAAUAGCAUCCCUGGCUCUGCAGUCUGUGCCUAUGACAUGCUUGACAUUGCCAAUGUAUUUACUGGGCGAUUCAAAGAACAGAAGUCUCCAGAUUCCACAUGGACACCAGUUCCUGACGAACGAGUACCCAAGCCCAGACCCGGUUGCUGUGCUGGCUCUGCAUCAUUAGAAAAAUACGUAACUUCUAAUGAGUUCCCAGAUGAUACUCUAAACUUCAUCAAAACACAUCCCCUGAUGGAUGAGGCUGUACCUUCCAUUGUCAAUCGACCCUGGUUCCUGAGAACGAUGGUCAGAUACCGCCUGACCAAAAUUGCUGUGGACUCUGCUGCUGGGCCGUAUCAGAACUACACCGUGGUUUUCUUGGGAUCAGAAAAGGGAAUCAUCCUGAAGUUCUUGGCACGGACAGGAAACAGUGGUUUCCUAAAUGAUAGCCUUUUCCUGGAGGAGAUGAACGUUUACAAUCCUGAAAAGUGCAGCUAUGAUGGUGUGGAGGACAAGCGGAUAGUGGGCAUGCAGCUUGACAAGCCCAGCAGCGCCCUGUAUGUUGCCUUCUCCACCUGUGUCAUCAAGGUUCCCCUGGGACGUUGUGAGCGUCACGGCAAAUGCAAAAAGGCCUGCAUAGCGUCCAGAGACCCCUACUGUGGAUGGGUGAAGGAGAGCGGGGCGUGCAUGCAGCUGGUCCUUGGCUCCAAACUGGCAUUUGAACAGGACAUAGAGCAUGGCAAUACAGAUGGCCUGGGUGACUGCCAAAAUUCCUUCGUAGCCCUGAAUGACAUUUCAACUGCAUCACCUGAUCAUGAAAUGUCUUACAACACAGUGUAUGGACACUCCAGUUCCCUAGUCCCAAGCACCACCACUUCCAACUCUCGCGCUCGACAGGGUUAUGAUGCUAGGGGACGCAUGCUGAAUUGGAAGGAUCCGCUUGGUUCAUCUGAAAAUACAGAUCCAUAUGUGGCAGUUUCAUCCCAUAAUCAUCAAGACAAGAAGG